CGUCUGCGUACCCUCCAGCUAAACAGUUUUGGGUAUAGCUAGGGGUGACCAUAGAUCAGCAGAUAAGAAGCACUGGCAACGAUUUACAAGAGAAUACUUUCAAAAGUGAUCAAUAUCUCAAAUUGCUCUUUCAUCUUUCUGAUUAUUUCAUUCAUUUUUCACAGACAAUAUGCACAUACCACUAAGGCUUCCUAGAUUAUCCUCCUUCCUCGAAUCUUACACAUGCCGUGUAUUUCUAAUCUUUUUGAUCCCUUAUGCCCUUCUUGUAUACUUUGCUCGUCUGACUUGUUGGCGUGACCCGACAUCACUCUUCUUCAGACAAAAUGAAGCCUACGAGCCUUCGUACUCUAGUCUGCGUGCGGCCCAGGGUAUGGCUUUGAUCGAAGAGGCUAAUAACGUGACGAAAGCUCCCCGCUUUAAGGCAUCUCCGAACCCUACGAUGUGUGUAGGAUUUGCCUCUGUCGCACGAGAUGGUGUAAGUUAUUUUGAAAGCGCAGUCGGAUCGCUGUUGGCGAGCCUUUCUCCAUUAGAGAGAGCAGAUCUAUUUCUCAUCCUAUUCAUUGCCCAUACCGAUCCUGUACAGCACCCGGCCUAUUCGGAGCCAUGGCUGCAUGGACUGGCUGAUAAGGUUCUACUCUAUGACGAGAAAGACAUUGACGUCGACCAUAUCCGAAGUCUUGAAACAGCCGAGGCCAAAGCUUUAGCUCUUGAGAAGGGUUUAUUGGACUAUACUUAUCUUUUGAAAGCAUGUACCGCUGUUGGUGCUCCUUAUACUGUCAUGCUUGAAGAUGAUAUUAUCGCUCUUGAUGGCUGGUAUCAUAGAACAAAACAGGCCUUGCGUGCCGUCGAGUGGCAAACAGUGGAGAAGAAAGGAUCGAAAUGGCUUUAUCUUCGGCUUUUCCACACCGAGAACUUCCUGGGCUGGAAUUCGGAGGAAUGGUCUAUCUAUUUAUUCUAUUCUCUACUCUCAGCAUCUACCAUCUUACUCACAACCUUGUGCUUUCGCCGCUAUCGACCCUCUUCGAAGCCAUUUCUACCGAGAGAAACAGUGUUUGUGGUUUCCUUCAUUUGUACACCUCUCCUGAUCAUCCUCUUCUUUGCGGCCGGACGAGUCACAAUGCUACCCAUCCCUGAAGGGGUCCACGAGAUGCCUAAAUUCGGUUGCUGCUCGCAGGGGUUCGUAUUUCCACAAGGCCGUAUCAUGGACCUGGUAUCCUGGUAUGAGUCAAAAGGAAUCGGCUAUGUCGACAUGCUCACGGAAGAUUAUGCAAACCAGAACGGAGAGAUACGCUGGGCAUUGAUACCCAGUGUGUUGCAGCACAUCGGUAGCAAAAGCUCCAAAACCAAUAGCCCUGUCCCGCACAAGGGCCUCCGUACUAUCCCUGAAAAAUUGUGGAAUUUCGGGUUUGAGAAAAACGAUGUACACGCUCUACGCAAGGAACAUGAACAACAGAUAAGAUGGGGAGGAUCGUGA